GGCGUCUGAUUGGCUCCAACAUAAAGCGGAAAUACAAUCAGUGUGUAAAACUCCCCGACCAACCGGAGCCGGGAGGCUCUGACAUCACUUCCGGUGCCAACGGGACAUCAGAAACGGCACUAAUCAGUUACCUUCAGGAUCUCUCAUCUCCUAACUUUGGGGAUCAUGACUGCGAUUCCCGAAGAUGUGUUCUCUCUGACGAAGGAGGACGAAGCUACUGGUGUGACUGGCAGGAUGUACAUCCCGAAGAUCAUCUCCCAGGGACCCGCCAAGGAGUGGAUUGAGCGUCGAAGACUCACCAUCCGUCCCUGGGCAUCCUUCAUCGACCAGAAACGCUUCUCCAGGCCCAAGAACUUUGGCGAGAUGUGCAAACGCAUCGUGAAGAACGUGGAGUAUUUUCAGAGCAACUACGUGUUUGUGUUCCUGGGGCUCAUCGUCUACUGUGUGAUCACCUCUCCGAUGCUGCUCAUCGCCUUGGUGGUGUUUUUCGGUGCCUGUUACAUUGUCCACCUCCGAGCCUCUCAGUCCCGCCUCAUCCUCUUUGGUCGGGAGCUGAGUCCCACUCACCAGUACGGAGUCUCCGGUGCCGUCUCCUUCCCUUUCUUCUGGUUGGCAGGUGCAGGGUCCGCGGUGUUCUGGGUGCUGGGUGCCACCCUGGUGAUAAUUGGUAGCCAUGCUGGUUUCCAUGAGCUGGAGUCUGGAGAUGGGGAUGAGCUACAAAUGGAGUCGGUGUAACAGGCGGUGUUGGCAGUGGAGAAUGGCCUCCCACAUUGAGGCGCAGGCCCUGGACACAGCACUUUAUAUAGAGGGGGAGGGCUGGCGGUUCACCAGCUCUGCUCGCCAUGUUAAACCCAAUCUGCUUAGUCCCUCUUUGUGGCCAGGCCACAUAUCUCAGUCUGAAUCCUGGUGCAAUAUCUCUCCAUAAUCCAUUGUUCAUGUCUCGCUGUCACUCCAUCAAACCUGUCGUGAUCGGAUUUAACAAGCCUCUAUAUAUGAUUAAUAAUAUCGUAUACACACUCCCUCGGUCAGGUUGCUUUUGAAUUUUUGAUUAUUUUGACCUUGCUGUUUUACAUUUUCACUAACAUUGCAAACACUUUGCGAACUUUGUAUGUAAACGGAGGGGUGGGUGUAACGGUGCGAUUGCCAGCUCCAGCCACUAGGUGGGGCCAUGGGCUGAUGUUAUUUUCUGAUGUAACUCUUUCCACUGUGUGUGUGUGUGUGUAUAAAAAGCUCGGAUUGACCUCUC